AAGCGCUUUCGCGGAAGUGAGUGAGGGUGGAGGCAGUCGUGCAGGCUCUGCGCAUGGAUGGAGGCUGGUGUCUGGUGUUUGAAACUGUAGGGGCGGUAUCAGCUCCCGGCGACUCUCGGCCAAACCUGGGGAACUGAAUUCUGCGCCAACUAAGAGGUGCGGAUUUUCGUUAGCCCUCGAAUCUUGGCUUCGGCGUCUUGGGGAAGGUCAGCUUUCGUGCUCGUUCUGAGGCCGGUAUUCCGCCUUCUCGCGAUAGCUGCUGGAAGCCGGUAUCUCCUAGGAGCCGCCGGGGAGCAGCUGGGGGGCCACACAACCCGGCGCCAUGGACGAAGACCUGGUUUUGGCCUUGCAGCUGCAGGAGGAGUGGGACUUGGAGGCCGCGCGAUUCGACCGCGCCCAGGAACCCCUGUCGCUGGUGGACGCGUCCUGGGAGCUGGUGGACCCCACCCCGGACCUGCAGGCCCUCUUCGUGCAGUUCAACGACCGGUUCUUUUGGGGCCAGCUGGAGGCUGUGGAGGUGAAAUGGAGCGUGCGAAUGACCCUGUGUGCUGGGAUAUGCAGCUAUGAAGGGAGGGGUGGAAUGUGUUCCAUCCGACUCAGUGAACCCCUUUUAAAGUUAAGACCAAGAAAGGAUCUCGUAGAGACUCUCUUGCAUGAAAUGAUCCAUGCUUAUUUAUUUGUCACUAAUAAUGAUAAAGACCGGGAAGGGCAUGGUCCAGAGUUUUGUAAGCAUAUGCAUCGCAUCAACCGUCUGACUGGAGCCAACAUAACAGUGUACCAUACUUUUCAUGAUGAGGUGGAUGAGUAUCGUCGACAUUGGUGGCGCUGCAAUGGCCCCUGUCAAAACAAAAAACCGUAUUACGGCUAUGUAAAACGUGCUACUAACCGGGCCCCCUCUGCUCAUGACUAUUGGUGGGCCGAGCACCAGAGAACUUGCGGAGGCACUUACAUAAAAAUCAAGGAGCCAGAGAACUACUCAAAAAAAGGGAAAGGAAAGACAAAACUAGGAGAGCACCCAGUAUCAGCAGCAGAGAAUAAAGAUAAACCAACGAGAGGUGAGACACAGCUGUUAAUUCCCUUUACUGGAAAAGGAUAUGUUCUAGGAGAAACAAGCAAUUCGUUGUCAUCUGAGAAAUUAAUCACCACACAUGCCGUUAAUAAAACGCAAGAUCUUUUAAGUCAAGACCAUUCGGCAAAUGCUUUAAGACCUAAUUCUAAAAUUGAGGUGAAAUUUGAACAAAAUGGCUCAAGUAAAAGAACUCCUCUAGUCUCCACUGUUCUUAAUAACAGUCACCAAAAUGUUUUAAGCAACUAUUUUCCUAGAGUGUCAGUUGCCAACCAGAAGGCUUUCAGAAGUGUGAAUGGAUCUUCUCCAAAAAGCUCAGCAGUUGGUGACAUCCUUAAAAACUCAGUCUCUUCUGGUUCUCAGAGAAGGGUUACAUCUUCCAAGACAUUCCUAAGAAAUUCUUUAAAAACACUGGAAUCAACAUCUCUGACUGCAUUCCAGGAUGUUAGUGGUUCCGAUGAUGAAUUCCCAAAUAAACGACCCAGGCUAGAAGACAAGACUCUUUUUGACAGUUUUUUUAUUAAGAAAGAGCAACUACAAAGUGGUGGUAGUGAUCCAAAGUGUAAUUCACAUCCUACAACUUCAGCUCAGAAUUCUAGUAGUUUAUCUGGUCAGAACCAGAUGGUUAAUUGUCCUGUUUGUCAGAAGGAAGUUUUGGAGUCUCAAAUUAAUGAGCACUUGGACUGGUGCCUUGAAGGUGAUAGCAUUAAAAUCAAAAGCUAAAACAUCUUUGAAAAACUCAGGGAUCUCACGUACCACCUGUGCCACCUGUAUUACCUCACUAAUGUGCUGUGUCAGCCAGUCAGGAAGUUCUGGUUAAUACUGAGAUUUGUGGGUUAGAAUUUAGUUUAUGCAGCCAGUACAGAACGUUGUGAUUUUUAUACAUACAUGUACACACACACACCCCUAAGUGUGUGUGUAUCACUGUAAUUAAAAAUAUGUCUCGAGGUGCUGCAUUCACUCUGCCUUACAUAUACUAUAGCCCAGGGUUUGUUCUGUGUGUAUACAUGGAUAAUUUUUAGCCAUUAUUUCUUGCACUUAAAGGUAUUUAAAUGUAUUAAUCUUUUCAUUUGUAUCCUCUCCUCAAAAUAUUAACGUAAGGGAUCCUGUCAGGUAUUUGGGUUAAAUUGAGUAUUUCUUUUUGUGUUAUUAAAAUUCAUUCCCAGACUGGUGUUAAUCUUCACAGUAUCAGACAUGUUUACCAAAAGCACAAUCUAGACUACAAAGUAUACUAGUUGUUUUAGGGUACUGAAGUAUAUUUUUUGCAAAAUCUUAACAGGAAAUAUAUUUCUUAUAUUUUAAAGAAUUUUAUUUCACCUUUACUGGAAAGGUGGCAGAUUUUAAGUAGAUAAGGAGUAUAGUAAAAUAAGCAAAUUUCUUUUGGAAUAUUUCUACUAACAAAUAAUUCUGUAGCCCAGAUCUUAUAUUGAAUUCAGCUGUUUUCUCAAAAUCUAGCACAUUUGAUGGUUAAAAUUCAGAAUAAAUUGAUAAAAUAAUGAAGUUGCCUGGUUCGUGUAGCAGUAGAAAAUUAUCUGAAAAUAGUAUUACGAAUUUUAAACCAAAUUUGAAAACAUUAUAAUAAAUGAAAUACUGUUUUGGCAUUUUAAAAUGUUUCUUUUAAAAAAUGUUCUUUUCCAUGUUAUAGCAAAGGGAAAAAAAAUAGCAGUUUACCUUUUGUUUCAUGGGUUUACUUCCAGCAUGUUGGCAUAUUUCCAAGACCUUAGUUCACAAGUUUUUCUUAUCUUUAUUUUAGUAAAGUAACUUCUAUGUACUGUAAAAUGCACUAAUCUUAAGUAUACAGUUUGGUAGGUAAACUUUUACAUAGUGUUCACCAAUGUGACUACCAUGCAGGUCUCAUUAUAGGAUGUUUCUGUUACCAUAGAGGCUUCCUCACAGUACCCUCUACCACAAAGGUAACUACUUACUUGGACCUCUGUCACCACAGGGUAGUUUGCUUGUUUUUGAACUUCAUAAAGCAGUAUCUUCAUCAGCAAAAGUUUAUUUUUUCAUUACUCUGUAGUAUUUGUAUGAAUGUACAAGAAUUCAUUCUAAUAUUUUAGAAUUGUUCCCAUUUGGGGCUUUCUAUGUGUAACGCUGCUAAGAACACUUGUAAUGUUGCUUGGUGGCCAUAGGUCCUUAUUUCUGUUGGGAAUCUACCCAGGAGUGGAGCUCCCGGGCCGCAGGGUGGAUUUAUGUUUAGCUUCAGGAAAUACUGCCAGUUCACACUCUUGCUGGCAAUGUCUGCGAGUUCCAGUGGUUCCACAUUCUUAACACUGUUGUCAGUUCAUUUUAGUCUGGUUAGGCAUUUACAAGUCUUGGUAUUUAAAGUAGUAUUUAAUAAAUAGAAAUGGCUAUUACAAUUUGUGUGUUAUUUUGAAUGUAUGCAGUUAUACUUUCAUGGAGGAAUCGUUUUCUCUCAUUACAAUUUAACAAAUUAAGUGCAUUUAAACUUUUUUUUAAGCACAUAACUGGCCAAAACCAUACAAUGUUCAGGGGUUUUGAAGGAAAUAAGACGGUCCAUGUCCUAAAGGAGCUUUAUAACCUAUUUGGGGAGUGAGACAAAAACAGAUUAAUUUCACUAUAGUUUGGUAAGUGCUAUGAUAUCCUUAUCAUACUAGAUGCUGUAGGGACUAAAAAAACCAUUGCCGUCCGGUCCAUUCCAACUCAUAGCAACCCUAUAGGACAAAGUAGAACUGCCCCAUAGGGUUUCCAGGGAGUGGCUGAUGGAUUUGAACUGCUGACCUUUUGGUUAGCAGCAGAGCUCUUACCAUUGUGCCACCAGGGCAGGAAGGACAAUUAGCAGAGCCCAAGGAUUUGGGGGGAUGUUUCUUGAAAGAGACAGCAUCUAAGUAGAGUCUUCAAGGGUGAGUAGGGUUAUUAGCCUGGUAAAGAUGGAUAGAAAGGGCAUUGCAAGGAGUAACACCAGAAAUGGCACAGGUAGAUAAACGUUCUACUGGAGGAACUAUAUACCAGAACCUGUUGCUGGCGAGUUGAUUCUGACUCGUAACAAUUCUAUAGGACAGAGUAGAACUGCCCCGUACGGUUUCCAAGGAGCCCCUGGUGGAUUUGAACUGCUGACCUUUUGGUUAGCAGCCGUAGCUCUUAACAAACGAUGCCACCAGGGUUUCUGGAGGAACUAUAAGCUGUUGCAAAUGAAUACAGUGUAAAAUGUGAGAAAUAAAAUGGCAGAAGGAGAAAGACUGCAGAGAGGACAGAUCUAGCUAAGCAGAAUUGAGGUGAGGCCUUGGGAAAAUGUUUAAGCCCGUGAACACGUUCAGCUGUGUUCUGAUGGAUUCUCUUGGGGCAGUAUAGAUGGGAGGGAGAAGGGCAGUGGCAGGGAUGGAGAGAAGGGUGAGAAAUACUCAGGCAGUAAAGGCAGGAAUUGUCAAGUGCUGGGAAGUAUGCUGGCUGGCAAGAAAAUUGAAAUUAAUUUUAAAUACGGAAUUAAGUAAGACUUGACUUCCACCAGCUGCUCCUUGGAAACCCAGUGGGACAGUUCCUCUGUGUCCUAUAGGGUUGCUAUGAGUUGGAAUCAGCUCCAUGGCAACAGGUUUUUUUCAGGUUACUUCAUUUGUGUAAAAGCGUUGGAGAAAACUUGCAUGCUAAGAAUUGUUACUCACCCAGUCUGAGUUAUUCAUAUGAAAGAUUUUUUUUUUUUCUCUUUGUUUUAGGCUUUUCUUUUCUCCUUUAAAGUAAAGCAGAUCCCUACCUUAAUAGCAGAGCUGGUAAUUCCAGUUCAGCCUUUAAAACCUUUCAAUACUGUCACCCUCCUCCCCCAUUUUGGGGAGAAGGGAAUGAGGGAGAAGGAAACUAGACUUUAUUUUUGUAAAGACUUGGUGUUUUAUAAAGCACUGUUACCAGCAAAACUAAGUUUAGAAUUUUUUGGUUUGCUUUUGUAGACUACAAAUGCAUGUAUUAACUGGACAUUCUAAGAUGGGUGAGAAAAUACUAGGACCAGAAAAACUUACCAUACCGUCUCGUUGUCCCAAAGCUCUGAGAUUUGUUCUUUCAAAGCUGAUAGGGUUUUUACACAGAAUGUCAGUGUAAAACAGCUGAGGUAUCUUAAAGCAAAACUGGUUCCUAGCUGGGAUCCUUUGCCGGUGGCAAUACAUUGUUUCAUUGAGCUGUUCCAGAAAAAAACGCUAAGCAUUUGUUGUCAUUUGUUAAUCCUGUUACUCAAGGGGGCUAAUGGUUUCCUUUUAUUCUUUGUCUCAGUUUUUGUCGCUCAGGCUCUUCUUGCUUUUUACCAAUGUGGUGGUGGUUAGCAGCAUAUCCACCAAAUAAAGUGAAACUUUAAUAUGAUAAAACACCCAUAUGAUAAUCAUUAAAAAUUAAGUUGACUAGGGAGUUGAAAUUAGCAGAAAAGGAUGAGAUGUAGAGAUUGCCUCUGGCCUUUUUUUUUUUUUUCUUACAUUCCGUUAGAAUGCUGGAAGAAGUUAUAUGAUGAACACUUCAUCCUCAUAUAUCUUUUAAAAUAAGUAAAAUAUUUGAAGAUCUUUAGUGACUCUGGAAUCACAUCAUUUUCCAAUGUUGUGUUUUGUACAGAAAGCUGCCAUUUGCUUUCCUCAGCACUGGUGUGAAACCUGCCAAAAGAUUUACCCUCUUGUCUACUCAACACUAGGUGGUGCUCUGCAUAGUUAAAUUUUUCUGAAACACUGAAGACAAAGCAAAGUCAAAUGAACAAGAGAAACUUGCCAACUCCUGGAACAAUAAUUGGCAGUUCUGAUUCAUAGGAAAGGUUAUGCUCCAAGCCCUGUGAGGGGACAGAGCAGGCCAAGAAUGUGUGCUUGUUCAAACAAGGGACUGAUACACAAGUCACUUAAUCUCCCUGAAAUUGUUUUCAUUUCACCUUUCACUAUGAACACUAAAAUGAUAGUUGGUUUUCUACUGUAAGAAACCAGUACCCAGAUCUGUCAAAGUAAUGAUAAUGCCCAACAGGAAGUCUUCCAGACAAAGCAAGACCUGUACUUUCCUACUACAGUAUUUUUAAAUUACAGUACUCUUCCUUUUGCUCUACCUUGUCUAGUCUGAAAGCUUCCUAGGACAUGAAUAAUAAUUACAUCCUUUGUCCUACAUCAGUGAUCGUACACCUUUUAGAUUGUUGGUGUUGAGUGAAAUGGCUAGGCAUUUCUCAAAUUCCAUUCUUUUUUGCCUUUGCAAAAAAACACUGUUGAACGCUGACUUCUCUGAAGAAUCAAAGUUUCAGUGUAUUUUCAAGCUAGAAUACCCUUUGACCCAAGUCAUUUCCAGGUUAUAGGCAUUCCUUGGAAACUAAAUGUAUGAAAAAUUCGAUUUACAUGGAAGAAACAGGAGGGCAUUUACUUUUCAAAGAUUCCUCAAGGGAUCUUUUAUGUAUUUGUAUACAUUGAAAAAAAUUCAGUAAAUAUAAAUUAUCCAUAAAUUAUGGAUUGUGUAUAUAUAUAGACACAUAUAUAUGCACACACACAUAAAUGAUCUCCAGUAACUCUAAGAUGAACUCACACUUCCUGUUCAGUUGCAUUCGUAACACCAGCUAUUCAAACAGCUACCUCUACAGGAUCCACGAGGGGAAGACAGAGCCCAGCCCCUGCCCAUCAUGCCCAAGUCCCCCGUGCUGCUUGUGCAUUUGUAGAUUGCUCAUUCUCAAUGCUGUACAGAAUUUCAUUGUGUAAGUUGUACCCCAAUUCAUACAGGUACGUGUGUGGCCAUUCUACUCACUAAUCCUUUUUAAUUUUUUGUUUUCUUCUCUUGGCUACUUUCCUACUUUUUUCAAUGCCCUUCAUUGUAUUUUCAGCUGAAUCUCUUCUUCCUUGACCACCUUGUAGUUUAAUCUUGAGAUAAUUUUGUCUUUUUCAACUCUUUGCUGACUUGCAUAAACUCUUGUUUUGGUCCAUUUCUGUUCAGAGAUUGAGGUUCUAACUUCGGGUGUUCAUUUUUUCUUAUCUGCAAAGGCCUAUUUAAGGAUAAAUUCAGGCUCAGAUGUUUUCUUUUGCCUUACAGUUGAGGGGCGAAUUUUGAUCCACUAUAAUAGACUGUUACUUUGUUUUCUUCGUAAAGUAGCUUUUAUGUAUGUUGCCUGCCUUUUGGUGCUCCUUUUGAAGUGUCUUCUUUUUCUUGACUUGCAAGAACAGUUGCUUCUACAUAGGCAGGGGUGAGAGCCUUGUGUGGCUACUAGCUCAGUUUCUUGAAUCCAGGAUGCUCUCUUUUGCUGGCACAGUGAAGUACAGCACUUCUCAGAGAUGACUUUUUCUUUUGUGAUGUGGCAGGGGUUGGAGUCUCAUACCUCCCACCCCACCCCCCCGCCACCCAGAAUCCUUCUUUCACUUCACUAUCAAGCCUGAGACAUCUCCCUCUCUCCCAGAAAUGAUACCUUCCCCAAACAGCCACCAUCAAUUUCAUGUACUUUCUGUAUGGUUUUCAGAUUUGAAAGAGAUUCAGAUUUAGGUUAGCUGCCAAUAUUCUUUGAAAACCAGAAGUCCAAGUACCUCCCUCUCGAAUAUGAACAGACAACUAAGAAUUAUUAGACAUUUGAGGAAACUUCUAAUGUGAAAGACAAAAAUUAAAAUAGAAAAAAGGUUACUUUAUCUAGUAAAUAGAACAGGUUGUUACAUAAAAAAUAUUUAGAGAACAAAAGAGAGCUCUUGAAAAUUAAAAACAUUGUAGCGGACAUGAAACAACAGAAGAACUGGAAAAUAAAGACAGCCCAGAGUAAAGCACAAAGACAAGUUAUAACUAGACAACUAUAGGCUCAAACCAGUAGGUGCACUAAGUAACAGGUGCACCAAAAAGAAUAGAAAAAGUGGAGUUGAGAAAAUAAUGAAGUAAGACAAUUUCCCAAAACUGUUUUUUAGUUAUGUGCUGUCGAGUUGGUCCUGACUCAUAGCUACCCUAGGUACAACAGAAUGAAACACUGUCCGGUCCUGUACCAUCCUCACAAUCGUUGCUAUGUUUGAGCCCGUUUUACAGCCACUGUGUCAAUCCAUCUUGUCAAGGGUCUUUCUCUUUUUUACUGACCCUCUACUUUUUUGCUGACCCAAAUCUGUAGGGCAUGAAUUCAGUUUGAAUGCCUAACAUGGUGAUUGAAAAUAGGCACACACCAAGACAUAUUGUAAAAUUACAGCGCACUGAGGACAGAGAAUAUUCUAUGAGCCUCCAGAGAGAAAAAGAUUGCAUAUGAAGAAUUAGGAAAACGAAGACUCCCAAUGAAAAAUGGCUCAGAGUUCUCUGCAUCCACACUGGAAUCUAGAACCAGUGAGGCACUGCCUUCAAAAUACUGAAGGGAAAUGAUUCCCAAAGCAGAAUUCUGUACUCAGCCAUCAGUUAAGUGUGAAGGUUAAAUAAAGACACUGGACUCAAAAAAUUUACCACCCCACACUUUUGCAGGAUGUGUUGGAGGAUAUGCUCUACUAAGAUAUGGAAAUAAAUCAAGAAAGAGGAAGACAUAGGACCCAGGCCAGCUGUAACACAGACAGUGAGUGGGAAAGAGGAUCUCCACAAUACCGGUGAAGGGAGAUCCAAGGCAGGCAGCUGUGUGCCAGGCAGAAAGGGCAGCCAGUCCAGCCCGGACCAGGUCAGAAGCCACAGGCAACAAAUGAAAAAUCAAAACAUUGACUUUAAGGGGAAAAGUAAGUUGUGGAGGAAAAUAAAAGUAAUCACAGUUUAUGACUCAGCUAUGAGUUAGCACAAGCAGUCAUAAUCGCAACACUAAGUAUUAAUCUGAUCUAAAUUACAACACAAUUAGAAGGAAGGUCAGGGGACAUGCAAGUGUGCUUGUGUAUGUGUGGUAGGGAUGGUGGAAGAGGGCUGGAAAGAGAUGUUCUCAUCUUCCAUGUGAGAAUAGUUAAUGGCUAAUAUGGAAAAAUUAAGAUGUAGCAAUGCAUUAUUAUUUAUAUCCAAUGGGGGUAAAUACCCAAAGAAUCACUCAAAAGUUGAAAUUUGUUUUCUCGGAAGAACUUGAGGGACUCCUAUUUUUUAUUAACAAUCCUUAUAGAACAAGUUGAUUUAGCUAUAUGUACAACUUUGAUUAAAACAAAAAAUGAAAGUGCAUGUUCAAGUCCUAGCUUUCAUAGCUAUGUGACCUUGAGCAAGUCACUUCCCUUAUCCUGUUUUAAUUAUAAACAGAGAUAAGUUUGCUCAGCUUACUUUACAUGUCUGAGGGGAAAAAAAAAGUGUGAUUUUGUAGAGCACUAUAGAAAUACAGUAAUUUUGGCAGAAAAAGUUCUAAUCUUAAUGAGGGAAAGAUCUAAUAAUUUUUUAACCCUUUGCUCAGAGUUAAAAAAAAUUACCCAUUCAAUAAAUAGAGUUUCAGCUACGUGUAGGUGUUUACGGUCUCCCUGUUUUGUGAAGUGGUUUAAGUGUUUUCUGCUUAAGACACCAUUCCCAGCUCAUGAGGCCACACCCUUUAUAUAUCUCAUUUCUCCAGUGGUAUAUCCUUGAGCAUUACCAUAUUUCAGAUGAAAUUUACUUGCUUGAAAUCAUGAAAAGAAUCUGCAGCACAAAAAUAGAAUCUGGGGGAUGUAUUUCUGGCCUUAGAAGUCCAAAACAUUAUCCUUGAAGCAAUGGAGGCUAUAGACAUCUGAAUGCUUAUAAACUAAUUGGAAAAAAAUUCAAUAUACAAUUAUUAGAUAUGUAAUAUAAAUAUGUAUCAUUGCAGUCCAUACUUGGACCACUGUGCACUUUGGGAAAUAAUCUGACAAAACACCUUGCACUGGUGAUUUAAUUUAAUCUAAGGUAUACACACAAAAGACCUAUCAUUGAUAAGGAAAGCAACGACCACAUUACUGCUUCCAAAUCAUUAACAUUUACACUUGAUAAAUUGAUGUUGUUCAAAGCUUGUUAACCCAGUUCUCUCUCUGCAACUAUGCUAUCAUACUGUUAAAGGCUAAGGGAAUAUUAUUUGUUGAAGGCCCACUAUGCUCAAUGUGCUUUUACCUACUGUGCUCUUUUUAUUACACCGCCUAGUUUAGUGGUGAUCUCUUAACUUGUUUGCCUUCUCCUUUAAUCCUCCCAGCUGCAUUGUUGUUGAGUGAAUUCUGACUCAUAGCAACCCCAUGUAACAGAGAACUGCCCCACAGGGUUUUCUUAGCUGCGAUCUUUUAAGGAAGCAGAUUGCCACGUUUUUCUCCUGAAGAGCCACUCAACGGGUGGGGAGUCUGAACCACCACUUUUUGGUUAGCAGCCAAGCACUUAACCAUUGUACCACCAGGGCCCUUCCCAGCUAUAAUUGAGUAUCCCACCAUAGUUCUUCAAAUAUCCCAAGAUGCACAUGAAAAUAACAGCACUACACUAAAAACUGCUUAAAAAUAAGCACAAUAUAUGAACAUUUAUACUGAUCUCACAUUGUAAUAAGAGCUCUUAUAUUUUAGUCUAUGCCACACAAAUUAAAAUAUUCUUGCAUACACAUAAUAGGGCACCCGUGACAAUUAGAGAUAAACGCCUAAUGCCUCUUCCUUUUCACGGUAGACGGGGUGACACAAAUAUGGUCAACAGCUAUGAAUGUUCAAGUAAUUGUUAAAAGGCUAAGAAUCCAAAUACAGAGCUUACUGAUCCCAGGGGCAAUCCAAUUACCCCAAGGAUGUUUCUAAAACUGUUGGACACCUAUGUUUAUUGUUCUUUCUUUCCCUCAUUAUAGUUUACAAAAAGUAACACCAAAUGUUCUGGACUGAGCCAGAGAUGUGUGACAGAAACACAUGAUCUGAUAAAAGGGCCUGUUAAGAAAGCCAAUGAUAUGAUAAGGGGAUUCAAAAACAAAACAAAAAACAACUGGAAAUAACAACCAUAAUGUUUUCAAGAACAUUUAUACAUCUUUUUAAUUAGAUUAGCUUUACAAGCAACUUGAGAGCUCUUUCAUAAUGAAACAUUGUUUUUCAAAUUACAUAACUUUAUAAGCUAUCUGUUUAUGAAUCCUGAAAUUCUUUGCCUGCUACUGAUAAAGGUUUGUGUUUUACAGCUGGUUAAUGUGUUGAAUAAAAACAGCAUAAUAAAGUUUUAUCUGUAACCAGGAUUUAACACAUAUAGGACACAAACAGUUUAAAUUCUGUUUUAAAGAGAGUCCUGCUUAGGGAUAAGUUAACGGUCACACUAACAUGAAGUGAACGGAUUUGAGAUGGAUAUUAAAGAAAUGGCUACCCCGAUUGUUUGACCCUUUCACAAUGAUCUCUGAGAAAUUAUAUAAACUUAACAACAACAAAAAAAAGACCACUGAAGACCUGUCUGGCCAGCACAAUCCAGAGAGAGUAGAAUCUGAUACUGUGCACCACCGCUGGAGUAUACACUUGGAUAACACAGGGGUUCCCAAAUUAAAAGGCUGUUGCUGUACAUCUUGAAGAUCAAACAAGCCUGCUAUCAACAUAAUACAAUUUCCCCUAAACCUAACAACGGUAGCACUGGGAGUUGUGGCCUAAGGCCAUGCACUGCACCGCUGACCAGACGCAAAGACAACUUGCCUCCGGGACCAGGCAGGCAGAGGCACUUGCUGUAGAGAUGUUAAGUGUUACUGUCUGGAACGAAGGAGAGGAGUGGAAACAGACUGAAUGCAGCCAAGGGAAAACAGCAGUCGACUAUCAUUUUUCUCCUGCAAGGUCACGAUAAAAUGACAUCACAAUACUGAAGAUUUCAUUCCCAUCCUAAGUCCACACUGUCAGUUUCACUAAACAAUUUUUCUCAUGUUUUACAUGAACAAUAGCAAUCUUUUAAUAAAAAUUACUGAGCUUUCCAUAGAAAAGGUCUCUAAUUGAUUACUACCUAUACAGAUGCUACAACUGUCAAAAAUUGAAAUAUACAGAAAUAUUUCUGUACACUCACAUUAUUUUGGCAAAGAAGAUCAAGGAUAGAGAUAGAAAACUUAAGUGGGCAAGGUCUUACACCCAUAAUUCAUGUAAAAUAUGGGAUACCACCCUUUGGGCUUUGCUAAAGAACUUAGGAAACUGAA